AUGGAGAUGGUCUCGUCAGCCAUCGUUAUCACUGGGCUUUAUCAACUUCAAUGUGGUUUUACUACUGCAUCAAAGGGUCGGCAGCAGAUCCCCCUCACUAUUGAGGCGGGAAGGUGGCGCUCGAAAACAAAGGAUACUGCUCAAAGCCCAACCAGCCUAGGUUCUUUCUGCCGCGGCAGCAUAUGGGUCUCCUCGCUCUUCUCUUCGGUAACUCGGGACUCGAGCGAUGGUAUAAAGCUGUGA